AUUGCCUCCGAGCGACACGGUACUUUUUCCUACUCCAGAAUGGCUCCCAAACCCAAGAAGAUAAAAAAUUUAAAUAACCUGAAAAAGGAAUUGGAGAUGGAUGAGCAUCGGUUAUCCGUCGAAGACUUGUGCCGACGCUUGAAAUGCGAUCCAAUCAAGGGUUUGACAUCAGCUCAAGCCAAAGCCAACUUCGAACGUGAUGGUCCCAAUGCCUUGACACCUCCAAGGACAACGCCCGAAUGGGUGAAAUUCUGCAACCAACUCUUCGGAGGUUUCUCCCUGCUAUUGUGGGUCGGUGCUAUCCUGUGUUACUCGGCCUACGCAAUCGAAGUCUCACGCAAUCCUGACAUUCUAGGCGACAAUUUAUACCUGGGUAUUGCACUGACGGUCGUUGUUGUGGUGACUGCUGUGUUCUCCUAUUUCCAAGAGAGAAAGAGUAGCAAAAUUAUGGAGUCGUUCAAGAACAUGGUGCCCCAGUUUGCCCUAGUCGUUCGUGAUGGACAGAAACUUACCAUGAAAGCUGAACAACUCACCGUUGGCGACUUGGUAGAAGUCAAAUUCGGCGACCGAAUUCCGGCUGACAUCCGCAUUCUGGAGGCUCGGCAACUCAAAGUCAAUAACUCUUCAUUAACCGGCGAAUCGGAACCGCAGAGUCGAAGUCCUGAAUUUACACACAGCAAUCCGUUGGAAACUAAAAAUUUGGCUUUCUUCUCAACCAACGCCAUUGAAGGAACGGCGCGUGGCGUCGUCAUCAGCAUCGGAGACAACACGGUGAUGGGUCGCAUCGCUGGAUUGGCUUCAGGAUUGGAAACGGGCCAGACGCCGAUUGCCCGAGAAAUUGAAUAUUUCAUUCACAUCAUUACGGUGGUGGCUAUUUUCUUAGGAGUCACUUUCUUCAUCCUCGCCAUGCUGCUGGGUUACAGCUUCCUUGAAGCUGCCAUCUUCUUAAUCGGUAUCAUCGUAGCAAAGGUGCCAGAAGGUUUGUUGGCUACUGUCACCGUCUGCUUAACCCUCACGGCCAAACGAAUGGCAAAGAAGAAUUGUUUGGUGAAGAACUUGGAAGCCGUUGAGACAUUGGGUUCAACUUCGAUCAUUUGUUCCGACAAAACAGGAACUCUGACUCAAAAUCGCAUGACAGUUGCCCAUAUGUGGUACGACGGUAAAAUCAUCCAAACUGAUACAACAGAGAAUCAAUCAGGCGCACAGUACGAUAAAACUAGCGCAGGCUGGAAAGCUCUGUCCCGGGUUGCUUGCCUGUGUAGCCGCGCAGAGUUUCAAGGUGGGCAGCAAGGUGUUCCCAUAAUGCAGCGCGACGUUAACGGCGAUGCUUCCGAGGCUGCUUUGCUCAAGUGUGUCGAAUUGGCUACCGGCGAAGCUAUGGCCAUUCGAGCACGUAAUGCCAAAGUCUGUGAAAUCCCUUUUAACUCCAGCAACAAGUAUCAGGUGUCCAUUCACGAGAAUGAAGAUAAAAAAGACGGACGGUAUUACUUGGCCAUGAAGGGUGCUCCGGAGAGGAUCUUGGACCUCUGUUCCACCAUUUUCAUCAACGGUCAGGAGAGACCAAUGGAUAAUCAGAUGAAGGAUGCCUUUAAUACAGCUUACAUGGAACUUGGUGGAAUGGGAGAACGUGUCUUGGGUUUCUGCGAUUUCCAUUUGCCUCUUGAUCAGUUCCCCAAGGGCUUCAAAUUCGACGCCGAUGAAGUCAACUUCCCCAUCUCUGGUCUUCGUUUCGUCGGUCUCAUGUCCAUGAUCGAUCCUCCUCGAGCUGCCGUUCCAGAUGCUGUCGCCAAAUGCCGUUCAGCCGGAAUUAAAGUAAUUAUGGUGACUGGCGAUCACCCUACCACUGCGAAGGCUAUUGCUCGUUCCGUCGGAAUUAUUACGCACGACAGUGAGACUGUCGAAGAUAUUGCCACUCGUUUGAAUGUGCCAGUAGAAAAGAUUAACCCAAGGGAUGCCACCGCUGCAGUUAUUUCUGGUGCAGAAUUACGUGACAUGGACGACGAGCAACUCGAUGCUGUUCUACGUAAUCAUUCUGAAAUCGUCUUCGCUCGAACGUCUCCUCAGCAGAAACUGAUCAUCGUCGAAGGUUGCCAGCGUGGUGGCGCCAUUGUGGCCGUCACUGGAGAUGGUGUCAACGAUUCGCCCGCAUUGAAGAAAGCUGAUAUCGGUGUGGCCAUGGGUAUUGCUGGCUCGGAUGUGUCCAAACAAGCUGCAGACAUGAUUUUACUGGACGACAAUUUUGCUUCAAUCGUUACUGGCGUCGAAGAAGGCCGUCUCAUUUUCGAUAACCUAAAGAAAUCUAUUGCGUACACAUUGACGUCUAAAAUUCCUGAACUUACGCCAUUCUUAGCUUUCAUUAGUUUCGGUAUUCCUCUGCCUCUGGGCACUGUCACCAUCCUUUGCAUUGACUUGGGAACAGACAUGGUUCCGGCUAUUUCACUAGCUUAUGAAGAAGCUGAAUCAGACAUUAUGAAGCGGUACCCGCGUAAUGCUCAGACGGACAAACUUGUCAAUUCCAGAUUGAUUUCCAUGUCUUACGGGCAAAUUGGUGUGAUGCAAGCGUUGGGUGCCUUCUUCACCUAUUUCGUCAUCAUGGCUGAAAAUGGCUUUUGGCCAAUGUUUCUGAUUGAUUUGCGUAAACGAUGGGACUCGAAAGCCAUCAACGAUCUCGAGGAUUCCUAUGGACAAGAAUGGACUUACGAAAACCGCAAGCAAUUGGAAUUUACCUGUCACACGGCAUUUUUCAUUUCGGUCGUCAUUGUCCAAUGGACUGAUUUGAUCAUUUGCAAAACCAGACGUAAUUCGCUGUUCCAACAAGGUAUGCGCAACCACGUCCUGACGUUCGGUCUCUUCUUUGAGACGGCUGUUGCCUGUUUCCUCUCAUACACUCCCGGCAUGGACAACGGUCUUCGUAUGUACCCAAUAAAAUGGAACUGGUGGUUACCUGCUAUGCCAUACGCGCUUUUAAUUUUCGUCUAUGACGAGAUCCGAAAGUACAUUAUUCGACGCAAUCCAGGCGGUUGGGUAGAACAGGAGACCUACUAUUAGAGCAUGUUUGUUGCGAGGCAACAGGAAAAGGGUCCAUCUACUAUACAUACUGUA